AUGCCCGUAACGAUACCCACGGAAGUCGAAAUCGAUGGCUCUACAUAUUACCAAAUUGACAUCAAACUACCGCUUCGAACAUACUCCAUCAAAAAGCGAUACUCAGAUUUUGAACAACUAGUUGAUACUUUAUGUCAUGAAUUGGGCAUUAAUCAUAAAGAUUUCCCUUACGCAUUACCAGGCAAACGAAUCAACUGGUUGAACAAAUACAACGUGAUCGAAGAAAGGAAAAGAGGUCUUACCGAGUUUCUUAAUGCCAUGAUCGACGACCGCUCGCUACAGAAUGAACGUGAGUUUAUAAACUUUUUACAAUUGCCCAAAAACUUCAAAUUUCAAGAUCGACCCCAGGUGACAAAUGAAAACUGGCAUGAGUUAUAUCGUAAAACAAAGACUGAACUUUUUGAUCUACUGACUACCUAUGGCUCAAAUUUGAUUAAAUUGAAAGAACAAAUUAGAAAAUCUAUCCAACCUUCAAUAACUGACUUGAUCACUUCCAGUUCUAUUGAAGACAAGACUGAAUCGCAAAGACGAAGGGAUAUGAUUAGUCAACUACAAUCGAAAAUAGAUGAAAUGUUGAUUCAACCACAACAACUGAAUGUCAAGGCAUUUUCGCGAGUAUUGGGUGGAGGUGGAAAUGUUAAAGAGACGGAGGAAACUCUCCCUUUGAAUAACAAGGAACUUUUACAACAUCAAGUGCAGAUACAUCAAACCCAAGAUCAAGAAUUGGAACAAUUGAGAAAAAUUAUUGCUCGACAACGACAGAUUGGGGAGACAAUUAGUGCAGAAGUUGAAGAGCAGAAUGCAAUGUUGGACCAAUUUAAUGAGGAGGUGGAGCAAACCACAGAUAAAAUUAAACAAGCAAGGAGAAGAACGAGAAAGAUAUUGUGA